ACAAGAAAAAAAGAAAUGGGGAAUAAGGAAAAAACAAUUGGUGUGGCAGUGGAUUUUUCAAGGAGUAGCAAGGAAGCAUUGAAAUGGACAGUUGAAAAUUUGGCUGAAAAAAGUGACACAGUUUAUUUAAUUCACAUCAAAACUCACACACUCAGUGAGUCCCGUGACCAGCUCUGGGCAAAAACUGGUUCACCUCUAAUUCCAUGGGUGGAGUUUAGAGAUCCAGAAGUGAUGAAGUAUUAUGAUAUCAAAAAGACUGAUGUCCAAGUUGUUGAUUUACUUGAUGCAGCUACUAAGCAGAAACAGAUAAACAUUGUGGCAAAAGUGUAUUGGGGAGAUGCAAGAGAGAAAGUAUGUGACUCUAUUGAAGAUCUCAGGUUGGAUUCUUUGGUCAUGGGUAGCAGAGGCCUAAGUGCUAUCCAAAGGAUAAUGUUGGGAAGUGUAACAAAUUAUGUAUUGAACAAUGCAGCUUGUCCUGUGACUAUAGUUAAGGAUCCUGAUUUCCACAAGCAUUGAUCACGACUAAUUCCUCCAGCAUGUUCAUUCAAUAAGAAUGUUUUUUACACAUCUUUUACUAUUCGAGAUUUAACAUCUAUACACCCACAUACAAUAUAAUAUAAAGAACUUUUACAUAAUCGGAAUAAUAUAAUUGCUAACUGGUUA